CUCUUCAUGUUUUCUCAAAGAUUUCUUUAAUAAGGUGUAACGUGUUACCAGGGUGACCUAUCUAGAAAUAUGUUUUGGUAAAUUGUGGAUGAGGAAUGAUAUUACAUAUAGGUUUCCACAAAUUGUUUUGAUGAUGUCCCCUGCUGUCUGACUGACCUAACCUACCCCAGAAGCAGGCAUGUCAACCUUCAGUGGAGGAGAUGACAACAAGGGGAACAACUCUUGUGGGCUAAUGGAAGUGAACGGACAGGAAGCCAGCGACAUUCUGGCAGCAGCACUUCAGCAGAUGGACGGCAUCAUUGCUGGGACAACAUUUGACAACAGCAGCAAUGGUUUCGGAUCCUUGACCACAACACCUGAGAACACGCUGCGGCCCCGCUCCAGUGUAACAGACGCUCGCAUAGUCAAGCUCUUAGAUGAUCUUAAACUUGCGCUGGAGGUGUGCGAGGAUCGAUCAAGGAUCGUCCGCAGGUUGCCACAGGAAGUGCUGGAUUCGGUCAUUUCCUGGCUGCAGGCUGGCAUGGAUGAUGCUUUUAAGGUGAAUGGGUACAUGCACGAGAGCGUGGAGGACCGGGCGCGUCGCCUCGAGCAUGACAAGAAUAGUCUCACACUACAGGUCAGUGUGUUAACAGACCAGGUAGAGGCUCAGUCGGAGCGUAUCCGAGAGAUGGAGUACCAGCUAGAGGAACGAAGGCAGAAGGCUCACCAUGCAGAGGAGAAAUACCAACAUGAGCUGUUGACUCGGUCGUCCCUGGAGACGCACAAGCUCGACCUGAUGGCGGAGAUCUCGAGCCUCAAGAUCAGACUCGCCACCGCGGAGAACGAGAGGCGUGAGUUGGAGGAGCGGCUCAGGCAAUCACAGCGACACAUCACAGAUUUGGAGGCUCGUCUGGCAUUAAAAGAUGCGGAAACAGCUGACUUGCGGCAGAAAUUGGCACGAAAUGGCACAGUGGUGCCUGACGUUAAUGAAAUGUAUUGGUAUGAACAUGAAAUGGCUGAGAUGGAUAAAGGGAGAAGUUUAGAUAAGCUUAGGAAAAAACAAUACGAGGUUGAACGGCUGAAGACAGCUGUUGAUGCUUUGAUGUCGUCUAAUGGAGAAAAGGAUAAAAGAAUAGAUGAGCUCCGAAGAUUGCUACGGAGAUACAAGAAGAUUGAGGAGCUAGUGGCUCAGGCUCAGGGACGGAAAAUGUUGGACGAGAUUCUGGGUAUGGAGGAUGACACGAGCUCCAACUCCUCCACAACCCCUUCUGUUACCCACGACUCCACGAAACCCACUGACACCACGCCACACAUGGCUGAUGAACUGCGGGGAGACAAGAAUUACAGUAUUUCUCCAAGUGCUACAAGCACACCAGUGAACUCAUUCUCAGGUAACCACGGCAACUUAUCGUCCCCUCCCUCCACCAUCGCCUCAGUGAAGCCGACACGUCGAAUACAACGAUCCAACAGUGCCGAGGACAUUGCCCCAAAGCCCAACAACAAGACUCCCCCAGCUAAACGGCACACAGAUGUUGUGAAGCGGAAUGGCAGUUAUGGUACGUUACCAAAGGAAAUGGUAGUGAGAAAUAGGGAGGAGGAUCGGGACCAUCGCAGGUCACGGGGGUUCCCCUCCUUCGGGAGAGCCCUCCUGCGUAUUAAGUCCACCAAGCGCAGUUGCUCAGCCCCAAACUUAGCCCAAGCCGAGGUGAUGACGGACGAGGAGGACGGGUCACAUCACAGUGGUAACCAUCCUGCCCAGACACAUGAGGUGAAGAAGAAAAAGGGAUUCUUUAGGUUCUUUGGCAGGUUGAAGCGCAGUGGGUCACAAGACUUCCACGAGCGGGAACGUACAGAUGAGUUCAAGCGCGGAGGAAUAAGGGCAACGGCAACCGCCCGCCUUGGCUGGUCCAAGGACAUCAAGAAAGAUUUUGAUGUGAAUGUGCCAUUUUCCCGCUGGGACAAGGACCGUAUUGUGAUUUGGUUUAAUGAGAUAGGGCUGAAUAUGUACCUGGCAGAGGUGCGUCGAUGGGUCCGGAACGGGGAACACCUGACCAAGGCCUCACAGCAUGACAUGGAGAAGGAGUUGUACAUACGUAACCCACUACACAGGAAGAAGCUCCAGCUGGCUCUGCAGGAAGCAAGUUCGGGGAGUAGCAACAAGUCCGGCGACCUCGACCACACCUGGGUCAUGAGAUGGCUGGAUGACAUAGGUCUGCCCCAAUACAAGGACUCGUUCUUCGAAGGCCGUGUCGAUGGAAGGAUGCUGCAUGCUCUCACUGUGGAUGAUUUGUUAACACUGAAAGUGACGAAUGAGCUUCACCACAUCAGCAUCAAGCGUGGAAUACAGAUAUUACGGCUAAACAACUUCAACCCAGGUUGCCUCAAACGGAGGCCUUCCCCUGAAGAGGGAUCACUACACAAUAUCCCGGGUGAAGUGGUGUUAUGGACCAACCACAGAGUGAUGGAGUGGUUGCGGACAAUUGAUCUCUCGGAAUACGCUCCCAACCUUAGGGGCAGUGGUGUGCAUGGGGCUCUUAUGGUAUUGGAGAGCCGGUUCAAUGCAGAAUUGUUUGCCGUCCUGCUGUCCAUUCCUCAAAACAAGACAUUGUUACGACGUCACCUCAACACUCACUUUGUGUCACUCGUUGGCAACGAAAUUCAGAUAAAGAAACGAGAACAGGAAUCGUCUGCAGGAUAUUUGCCUUUAGUACCUAAUACCAAAGUCAAGAAGGGAAAGUUUGGUUUGUUUGGCCACAAGCGAAGUAAAUCAGAGACAGAGGCUGACAGUUUUAUCUGCCCUAUAGACCUGGCCCUGCCCCUCGACAGGCUGAAAAUCAGUGCCUUACAAUACCAGAACACAGAGCAUGACGCGAAAGCAGCAAAGGAAAUUGGGGCGUUUUCAAAGGAAAUCACAUCUCUUACAACAUUACUAGAGGAUAAUGAUAGCGAAGAGGGAAUAGUUGACGAUGAUGUACUGAUCUGAGAUAGCCAGAUUGGCAAGGAGAGUUACUUUGACAGUGUUCCCUCAUCGAACGUCUGAUAGCCGCCCCACCCCUCCAGCGCUUAACGAGGGGAUUACCCAUACAAUGUUGACCCAACCCCAAACACAGUCACUGAAUGAUGAUCAAAACAUAGCAAAUUCAUAGCAGCUAGAAUACUCUCCAGUCUCCACUUCUGUGUCUUGUUAGCUCGUCAUUUUUUGACAAAAAAAAGUCAGGGCAUUGUCUUAGCCUUUGUGUCUCUGUCAGAGUGUCGAAACUUUGACCUAGGCCAUAACAAAAAAGUUGCAAGAUAUUCCCCUGAAGCUGAGUACUUAUGGUACCAGUGAUGAUAUGCACAUUGAUUGGAAGACCCAUAACUCGACCUUGAAACUAGUCAAAUUCGUCUCAUAUUUAAUACAAAAUACAGAUGAGCAUUGGUAUCUGCUAGUGGAGCUCUUGUUUGUCAAUCUGAAUCACCUGUCUUGUGUUUGUACUAAAUGGGAUUGUUAGACCCUGACAGGAUGUCAUUUAUCACUGCUAUCUCAAUCUUUACUAUCGCCCUGUGUGGAAUAGCUUUGAAGUUGAGACUGAAUUAUAACAUUACAAAGUUUUAUUUGCAGGAGUGUAUACUCAUGAUUUGCUUUGUUUUUAGUUUUAGCGAUGUUUGUCUGAACAUUUCUGUUUGGAGCCGUAGAUUGUAAAAGUAACCAGGAAAAUGUUUAAUUUUUUUUCCAAAUCUUCCUCUCAUUAGAAGUUUUUCCCUAUUUUCUGGCUAGUGUUUUUUAUUCUGCUUGAUGAGUUGUCCAUUUGUUGAUAAUGAUCGAACAGGUAUAUUGCAGUAAAACAACUUUGUUCUUGAAUUUCAGUCAUAAUGUUGGGGUUUAAAUUGAGAACAAAACUAUUGUGUUCAAGAAGUAACAUGUAGGUCUUACAUUUCUGAUAAUUAUGAUCUGUACAGAAUUUAUUUUAUAACAUGUCCUUGUAAAGUUAUAUGAUACGAUAUUGCUACGUACAUUCACCUUUAUAUUACCUUUGUGUGUAAAUUCUCUAGAUUUUUACCGUAGAACAUUAUUUUUGUAUUUUCUCAUGAAUUGCUCUGUAAGAUAUUUGUGCCUGGUCUUGUCUAGCUGUGGUAAGUAAAACUCCAUGCGGCAGAAAUCUUUAAACAUUCAUGUUCUAGUGAAUUGAUGUGGCAAUCAGUGUCUGCCCUCAUAAUUAACAAGUUGAACUAAACAGUAUAUUGAAUCCAAUUUCUUGUGUACAUGUAUUUGUUUGUCAUGGCAUGUAGUUAUAAAACAUCUAAUUCAGUGAUUUUCUACAUAACUCCGGUAGAUUACUUGUAAAUUUUUCAUGUCAGAAUUUAUUAUCAAGUUAUUAUAGAACAGAGCAGAACAGUUAUAAACCAGAAGGUCAUAGACCCAUGUGGUCGAAUAUUGUACAAAUGACGACAUACGCAAACAAAAUAUACAAAAAAAGAAUGAGAUAUAUUCAUUGAGAAAAUGACUUUAUUUAAGAAUUAUAUCGAAUUUAAGGUGUUUUAUGAAUACUGGCACAUACAUGUUGGCAGUGGUUUACCAGUUAUGGAUAUUUAAAUCAUGGUUACUUCAAGUCAAUUACAUGUAUACAAAAACUUCAAAUUUUGUUCCCAUUUAGUUCAAACUGCCAUUUAGAAGAGUUGCUGCAAUUUUUGCCAUACAUGUAUGGAGUUUUACUUGACAUUUUUGCUUCAAAGAAAGAAACCCUGUGAUCUAUUCUUAAUCACUGUCAUAAUAUAGAUAGUAGUAUGUAUAUCCUACUAUUUCUAUCAUGUUUUCUUUUACACGCUCAUGUAUAUAGAGCCAUAUAUAUAAAUGCACAUAGUAUCUUGAUCAAGUGUACACAGCUCAGUGCUGAUUUUAUCCAUUGGUUGUGACUAUAACUGUCAUGGGAUGCCUUCUUUUCUCACAGAUAAGUUCAAGUUAUUCAACAUGUAUAUUUGCUAGAAUUUUAAUUAUCUCAAAGAAUAGAGCAUGAUAUUUUUUAUAUAAGGAAAUACAAAAAAAUAACUAUGUUAUCAUGUUAAGCACACUUAGUUUACAAUUGUUUUAUUGUUAUAGAAACUUUAUUUUAAUGUAUAUGAUUAUAAUGAGAGAAGAAAAUUGCAUUUACAAUGUUUUGAUUUGUGUAUAGAAGUUAUUUUCUGCUAUUGUUAUUUUUUGAGAAUAAAAUUUUUAUGGACAAAAAUAAUCAAUAGAGAACUUCACCAUAUACCAUGUGUAUCUGAUAUAAUUUAUUGAGUUAUAUAUGUGUAUGUGUGUACAUGUAUGUUUUCCCAGCCAUGUCUACAAACCUAUAGUUGCAGGUUUAAGGACGUCUAUCAUAUGCCAUAGAAUUUAACGAAUUCUUAAAUGUUAAAAAAUAUCAAUCAUAUUACGAUUUUUAUGUCAAAUGAUUGGUAAUUAAUAGAUAUAAUAAAACAUUGUAUUUGUAACAGAAACACUUUUUUUACCAUUAUUGUUCUUCUGAUUACAAUUUGACAGUAAGACACUUGGACUUAUUGCAUUGGUGAAUUUGGCCCAAGAGGACUUGUGGUUGAACAUGCAUGUACAUUACAACAGGAAGUUAUUCCCACAUUAAAGACUGAAAAAUUAACAGAACAUGUAUAUUGACACUGAUGUCAGACUAAAAAGUAUGUCUGAAUCAUGUUAAUUUUGCCCAUAAAAAAUGAAUCUCGUACAUAUGUGCCUGAUAACUGAUAUGUCUUCCCCCUUUCUCAUUGGCAUUUAAUGUCAAUAUUUGUGUAGUGAUCAUGCAUGCUUGAUUCAUCUUCCGAGUUUCAUCAUCAGUUAAGGUUUAUGCAAUUGGAAUAACAUGUUGAUUUUUCUAGUCUAUGCAACAUAUUUGGCGAAAUAAAUUUGUACUAAAUUAAAUUCCAUAGAAGGAAAUCAAACAUUAAAUUGGUUACUUUAAUUUUGAUACAUGUAUUGGGAUGUAUGGUAGGCUCGUGAAUUUGUAAAUAUGAAAUUGUACACUAGUUGUAGAUAUUCUUUUAAUCAUUAAAAUAUGAGUUUGCCAAAAAUGAACUUAGAAAACUUGUGAUGUCUGUUUGAUGUCAUUCUUAGAUUACUUGUACAAUGAGAUAAAAACAGUAAUAAAUCAUUUUAAACUA